AUGGGUAAAAAUCUAUGUCUUUACCUCUCAGUUGGUGUUUUCGUAUUUCUUUUGAUCAAUUUGACCACAGUGUCAAGUCAAGGCACUUCACGAUUCGAGAGCUUCAAAGCCUGUGUUAAGAAGUGCUCUGAGAUUGGUGGCGAAUGUAAUGAUCAAGUUAAGGACAAGUGGAUGGAGUUUCUGAAAAAUAAGAAAGAUAUUGCACGCCACUUAAGAAAGUGUUGCUUGCGAAAUGAAAACAGACCAGACGCGAGUGCGGAAAAUAGUUUUGCAACCUGUGUUCGAAUCAGAUGUGGCGCGGCGCUUUGGGGAUGCCAAAUGAUAAAGAAGCAUUCUGGAUUCUUGUCAAAAGACGAACAGGAGCACCUGAAGGGCGGUGAUCAUUAA